AUGGUGGGUCACGUCUUUAACCCUAGGGCCAGCCUGGUCUACAGACUCUUUCUGUUUCCGUCUGGAAACAGGGCCUCUGGUGUAGCAGUCUCUGAUGGUGUCAUCAAGGUGUUCAAUGACAUGAAAAUGUGCAAAUCCUCAAGGCCAGAAGAAGUGAAGAAAAGAAAGAAGGUGGUGCUCUUCUGCCCGAGUGAGGUUGAGACCAUCAUCCCAGAGGAAGGCAAGGAGAUGUUGGUAGCAGAUGUGGGGCCGACUGUGAACGACCCCUUACUCCACUUUUGUCAGGAUGCUGCCAGACAAGGACUGACAGGCGCUACACUCUCUAGGAUGCAACCAAGGAGAGCGAGGAGGACCAACCUGCUGUUCAACUUCUGGGCCCCUGAGAGUGCACCUCUUCAGAGCAAAAUGAUCUGUGCCAGCUCCAAGGAUGCCAUCAAGAAGAAUCUGACAGGAAUCAAGCAUGAAUUACAAGCUAAUUGUUUCGAGGAGGAGGUCAAAGCCUGCUGCACCCUGGCAGAAAAACUAGGUGGCAUCUUCCUGGAGCACAAGCCUUUGUGAGCCACCUCCAGCCCCCUGCCUAGUAGCCCUGGAGGUGCUCUUGGGUGUUAUAGGCUGCCCCUUUCCUGCCAGGCAGAAGGGCUGGGGGUAUCCCAGCAGGGAGGGGACAAUCCCUUUACCUCAGUUUCUGAUUGUUCCUCCCUCCCACCCGGUGCACUUUCUCCUCCCUCAUCCCUGAGGGU